GGGGGGGAGGACGAGAAUCGGAAGGCGCAGAAGAGUGCUGCGUGUACAAGUACAUCCGCGUAGGACAGAGUCUCGGCGAGAGAUUCUGCGGCAAUCGCAUGUUGAAUUGCGUUUUCUGUGGCCACGAGUUCCAGGGCAACCAGUUCGUGGCGGCGCGCCAUUUCCGCCAGGGCAAGGGAUGUCCGAAAGUGACAGACGAGGCACUUGUCGACAUCCACUAUAACAGUGAGUACAAGAUGUCCGACAAGUUCCUAGAGCGGAUACAACAAUUCGAGGAGCUUCAUAGUGCGGCGCCUGCGAUGGAUCCGCGACGGGACGAGGGGGGGGAGGGAGAGAUGAGGGACUCGGGGGAGCAGAUCGACGUGGACAACGACGUCGAGGAGGUUGCACGGGCGGGGUCGUCAGGGAGGGAACGAGGAAAAGGCCUUGUCAGCGAGCCGGGGGGGCAGCAGGGCCAGUACUUUGCGUCGGCGCACGUGUCGGCUCGUACACGGGCAGGUGCGGAUACGGCUGAGGCGGGUGCGUCUGCGGGGAAGAGGAAGGAGAGAGAGGACGGGGACAGACCGACGGCAGCAGCCGCAACACAGAAGAGGAUGAGACAAAACACGAUCACGAAGUCAUUCACUUCAAAGUGGCAGAUGGAGUUCAAGAAGAAGUGGCUGCAGGACUUGCCGGGGCCAGUGAAGGUGUUGUGGCCUUCAGAGAAUGAGAUCGCGGACAUAGAGACCAUUGUCCACACGGCGGACGAUGUGGAAGCUGAUCUCGCGGAGGUCAGGGCUCCUUUCUAUGUCACGGGGGCCGCCAUCAUGUUAGACGGAAGGAAGUCACGCGAUGCUAGACCCAUCGUGAACUUCCUUGCCGGCGGGUCGUGUGGGGUGAUGCUCGUCCGGACGAUGAACAGGGAGGGUGAGCGGGAUCGGGCACCUGAUGUGUUGGCGCGCUGGAUCAAGGUGUUCGAUGACUUCUCCCCUAAGUGGGUGAACGCUAUCUGCACCGACUCCGCCUCGGCGUACGUCGCCGCGGCGAACAUGCUCCAGGGGCCCCAACAGAGGCCGGAGCAUCGACGGAUCACGUGGCUCUCAUGCGCAGUGCAUGUCUGCAACAAGAUGUUGUCAGACAUUGGCUGUUCGGGCCCGUGGUCCAAGGACAUCAUCGUGAGGGGGAGAGCGGUGGUGCGCUUCAUUAAGGAGCACGGCGCCGCUCUCCAUAUCUUCCGGGGGGAGAGCACUCAGAUGGGCCUCAUCUAUCCUUGCGAGACACGUUUUGCAUCCGUGUUCGCGAUGGUGGAGCGUUUGCUGGCACUUAGGUCAGCUUUGGAGAGGACGGUGGAUGGCGAUGCUUGGGACGCCGCUGCUCACCUUCUCUGUCCCAGUCGGCGGGACUUGCGGUACUUCGAGGGCGUGGUCAGCGAGUACGACGCGAGUUUGGUGAGGGAGGCGGAGACUUACAUCUUGUCGCAAACAGGGUUCAGUGUGGCGAGCCACGACUACGCGACCGCAUGUGCACAGUUGCGCGACUUCCACACACGGAGGGGGACGAUUGCUUGGGGGGGGAGAGAUGGAGAUAGAGAUGCACAGAGGUGCAGGGCGGAGAGGAAUUGGGUCGUCCACGAGGGUGUACAGACGAAGAAGCGUAACCGGCUUGAGUUCGAGAAGGUCGCGAAUUUGGUUGAGAUCUCAGCCAACGUCCGCCUUCUCUCUCAUCAGUGGGCAGGCCGCGGGUUCGCGCUGCCGUGGACUCUAGAUGAGUCGUUGUUGGACGUGGAGGGAGGUAUCGGGAUUCGCCCCUCGUGGAAGGGGACGGACGAGAGCAGGACGCGGGAGGAGGUCGAGGAUCAGAGACGUUCAUGGCAGCGAGACCCAUGUGGGUCCAGAGCUCCUCCGGGUGAUGUGGGCGAUGUUUUUGGGACUCGAGCAGCCACAUUGCACCCGUACCCUCGAGACGACAGUGAUUCCGAGGGUCACGAGGACGAGGACGAGCCGGCGGGCCCUGCUAGCGCCACUCAUGCGGCGGCUGAGCGUGAUGAGUGGAGCGACCCAGAGGACAUCCGCAGACGGAGUGGCGGAGAUGACCUUUUCGUUGGAGUUGAUUUGGAGGAGUCUGGGGGCCGUCAUGGGAGCCCUUUAGAGCGUCCGAGGCCUACGUCCACUGCUCCGCUUCCUGCUGAGCGGGAGACAGAUCCUGGGUCUGCACCUUCGAGGGGGGCUGAGUCGAGGAUUGGCCAUCGUCCUCUGGGUCGCUCUGGCACGACAUCAUCCACCGCUCUUCCCACUUCGACAGACCAGCUUCAUCGACAGCCAGCCGGUUCAGAUCGAUUGCAGAGAUUGGUGAGGGGCCCGAGACAGCGAUUGGAGGACAGAUUGGAGGGCGGUCCUAUGCCGGUGCAGGGUGACGACGGAGACAGACAGGGGUUGGUUGGUGGAGAUGGUGGUGCGCUGGCCAGAGGUGGAGGCGGUGCCGAGGUUGAUGCGGCGGUUGAGGGGAUACCGAUGGGCGGCGGAGGCGGUUUCAGUGAGUUUGGCGAUAUGGGUAUGCCCCCGGGAGAGAACGUGGGUCUUCCCCGUGGAGAGAGCGAGUCCCGUGGGGACAUCAGUGUGGGUAUGCAGGCCUUAUUGGGACAGAUCAGCCUCCUGGACCCGAACAGUUUCUCCCCUGCCAUGCGCGGAGAGGUGAUGUCGGGGGCAGAGGGAGACAAGGAUCGCACACCUCCUGGAGAGACAUCUGAGGAGAGGUUGGAUAGGCUUGAGAGUCGUCGAGCAUGCCUCAUGGCACAGAGGGACCCCAGGACGCAGGAGCUCGCCCGUCUUGCGGCCAAGGACCGACAACGGCAACUGGGGACAUAUACGACGACAGAGGUUCACGACACGACGCAGCGGGAGGCGGCUUCGACAGAGGUUUCGAGUACAGGAAUAAAUGUUCAGCAGGGAACGCACGAGAGCGGGUUGGCACCGACAGAGGAGCCACGUUCGGAGCCGGCGCAGCCUCCUGUCGUGCCGCUGAGGCCAGAGGAGACAUUGCAGGAGGUCGCGGGCGUGCCUCUGCCCGCGGGUUCAGUUGAGGGUGCCGUGCAUAUGUCCCCGGGUCACGAGGACAUACAAACGUGGCAGUCAGUGGGCAUUGAUGAUAUUCGCCCAUCGGCGCACGCGGAGGGGAUAGCGCCGACCACCGGGGGGGACGGGGCCGUAGCGGGGGCCGUUGGUUUUGGCGGGUCGGAGGUGCCGCCCGCGGCCGAUCCGAUGUCCACGUCUGGCGGGCGAGACCCCGCACAGGUGGACAGGCGUGAUGCGGAUGGACAGGAGAUGCCACAGACUUUGGUGGUUCGCACUGCUGUGGGGCCAGUGGUGCCACAUCAGGCACCGUUUUUGGAGGGUUAUAGGCAUCAUGCACAUGGCGGUGGCCCGGCCGAGGAGCGAUGUGUAGGCAGGGGCGCGUGCAUACCCCCGGUCCCUACUUUUGCGCCGUCACGGACGAGGCCGGAGAUUAGGCAUGUGGCUACGCCUCGAGGCAGCCUCCCUUUUGGUUUUAUGACCGCUGAGGAGUUGGAGGACCAUGGCAGGAGGGAUUUGACGGAGAUCGACCAGCGUGUUUUGAGGUCAGUCCCCGAGGAGGGGAAGCUUCCUCAAGUGCAGGACUUGUCUUGGGGGCCAGCCAGCCCCAGCUUACCUUCUGGGUGUUCCGUCGCAGCGCCAUCUGGCGGGGCUGCAGGGGGCUUACCUUCUGGAGGUUCCGUCGCAGCGGCAUCGGUCGGGGCCGCAGGGGACUUACCUUUUGGAGGUUCGGUCGCAGCGCCAUCUGGAGGCGCCGCAGACCCUUCGUCACCCUUGAGCGCAACUCUGAGGGAGGGCGGCAGCCUCACCCCGAGGUCUGUUGCCCGUAGACGGAGAGACACUACCCAGCGUGCGCGGGAGUUGCUGGACACCAUGUUGUUCGGUCGCACAGAUCGACCAUGGAGUGAGAUGAGACGGGUGACGACGGCGAGUGCCGGUCGUCAGCCGGGUUUGAGAGGGGUUUCGACGAGCGCGAGACGUCGAGAUGUUGUAGCUGCAGGGUUUGGCGGCAGAGGGGGUGGCGACUGUGGCAGUGGUGGCGACGGUGACGGCAGACGUGAGGGCACACGCGGUGCCACAACGAGCGCAGCGGAUCCGCCACGGACGUACGGUUUGAGAGAGGCGUCGAUUAUUCAGGAGGAGCCUGAUGUUGUUACACGAUUGAGGCAGGCCCGACACGUGCCCUUAGAUCGACGCCAGGAGGGGGAGACUUCAGGGACUGAUGGUCUGCCUAUGGCACGCGAGUCACGCCGACGUGAUGACUUAGCAGCAGCAACCAUCAGGACGGUGAGAGGCAGGAGAGUCAUUAUGGACGACGAUCCCGACGAGCUUCCCGUCGCUUUUGAGCCUUCCGCUGGCAGACGUGGCGGCCAGCGUCAGAGAGAUCGAGGAGGUGGCAGGGGUCGGUCCCACGGAGGAGUUUUUCAUUAGUCUGAGCGAGAUCCGCGUGCGCACGACGAUC